AUGCCCCCCAAGGCCAAGGCGAAGGCGGUCACCGCAGCCGUGGCAGAGCGCGCUGCGUCCAAGGAGAGCAAAAAAGAGUCGUCAAAAGAGGCCACGGAAGAAGAGGAAGAGUCCGAACUCGAAUAUUCGGACACGGAAGGAGAGACCGACCUCUAUUCCACUUCCAAUUAAGCAUUGCAAAUUGAGAUUGACCUAUCUAAGUAAGUAAGCGAAAGCGCAUCUUCUCCUAGUAUAUGAUUGUAGUCACCUUCACCUUUUGCUGUUUUCAAGGUGGAGAAAAAGGAUGCAUAGAGAUAGAGUAUAUGCGAGCUACUUCUACUAGAAGUAGAUAGAGGUAGAUACAGAUAGAUAGUCAGCCUCAACUUGCAACCCCUAAGGCAGGGUAAAGCGGAAGAAAGUGACUAGGCCACGCAUGGUGUGGAUGGCGAAGUUGAAACACCGAGAUUUUUUCGAAAGACUGUGUCAGAUGUUGAACUACCGCGAUCCGCGGUGGACCCUGCGGGAACUCUUCAAGUUGUACGCUGGUGUGUCGAUUCUAGUACGCAAUCGAGCGCGGCCAAAUGUCGUCUCGGACGCUUUCAGCGAAGACCACACGAGUUGGUGGAAAAAGCUUCUCAGGGAAAUCAUCGAGGUACUUCUAAGGCUGUAUAAGCUGACCAACUUGCAAGCAGUUAAUCUUAAUGUACUUAUAUAUAGAUUCAGCUUGACACUGAGCUGCAUGUUGUGUUUUGUCUUCUUAGAAGUAAGUGGAUGGGCUUAUAGCAUCCCACAGGAAACAUCGGAGAUUGUAGUUGCUUAUUCAAAGCUAACUUUUACAACAGUCUGGUGGAUAUUCAUCAUGAGAUGAAUUUCAUACUAUAACGGCAGACAACGACAAGCAGGACAAUCUCAUGUUGACAACAACACGACCACUGGAUUAGGUUUUUUGGUGGUCUCUGCCUCCAGCAGCAGCUGCUUCUUUCGUGGAUGAGGAUAAUUACCUGCUGUGUGCGCCUUUUUACUCGAUGAAACUAGCGAGGAAAAGCUUCGAGAUAGUGCCUUACUUCCGCUGGCCUGAGGACUCGUGGAAGAGGGAUAUCAUGCGCAAAGUGUGCUGUCGUGUAGCGCGCACACAGAAGGUUAAGAAUCUUAAUCUGCUUGAUGUAAGAACUUUUUAAUUGAAUCUCAUGGGAACACGUCAGCUAUUUGGAUAUUCAGCAUCUUCCUGCGCUCCCGCUUGUAGUGUAAGACUAGCAGGAGGAGAAGUCGCAAGCAUAACGGAUAUUAUCCAUGUAACGGAUAACCAUGAUAUUAUCCAUGUGAAAUAUUUAGAAGACUUUUUAUGGUGGACGUGGAAGGCCAACCACGACGUCCACGUAUGUCUAGUAUCUCUAAAGAAGCCUGCGGUUGGAUGUUUCACGCGUUGUGGAGUCAGUUGCCUGAAGAAAAAGGUUUUCCACAAAGUUGGAAGUUUGAAACGGAGAAACAGUUAAGGCUCACAGUAAUUCAUCUCAACCUCAAGAAGCAUUUGCAUCUGCUUUGGUCCCUUGUUUUCUUUAAAGGAAAGAAAGCUCGCCAAAGACGCUUUAUUAUUUCCAAGGCCCAUUUUCAUUUUCUUCGGUUAGUUUCCUUCUUAGGUAGAUUCUGAAGAAGUGGGGGCAGGAAGUGAAUUGCUCUGUGCUCUAAGUCAGUGCAUGUCCAUUGUGCAGCCUCACAGUCAGCACUGGCGGCUAGUGGAAAUGUACGCAGGACAGCUGCCACUGGAGCAAGGAAAUAACCAGUUCGCAUCACCCGAAGAUGAACAACCACAGUUUUUAUGGCUCAGACGGAAUACGAUUCAUUUAAUAUUGUAGAACAAGUAGGCAUUUAUUCCCUAUUUCCGUCGUAGGAUUUUUGGGAGAAAUGCAGGCAAGAUGUUGAAGUGGAUUUUUGCUUUGCGCUCUAAUACACGCGAAAGGUCGUGGGAAGGAAAGUGGAAGUGCUUCUGGGACCACGUCAUCCACGUUAACAAUAAAGUCAGGACCCGGAGUAGGAGUAGUUCCAUCAGCUCCUGGAGCAGCAGGUGGUGCUACUAUCGAUCAGACAACAGGUUCGGGUGACGCAGCAGACGAAAGCAAAGGAAUGGAGGAAAAGGAAUUGUCACCUGGGAAGGCCGUUGCAGUACCGGCAUUUGUGGGUGAGUAUGAACCCGUUGAAGACGUUGCGGCAUUGUUUGCGCAGAUGCGAGGUGCAAGGACACAGCCAAAAGCAAAGUCGCUCCGAGUUCAGCCUUCUGCUGAUAGCAUGCACGCAAAGCGAGAGAAAUACAAUUUAUGGGGCUAGAAGUAUUAGUAUAACCAACUUCUGGCAAUUGAGGAAUGAAGAUACGCACUUAAAUCAUACCAUAAUUGAAGCUUAGUCUGAAUGAUCAACAACAACUUACUACAUGUCUGGCAAGCGCAAGGGCAAGAUCAAGAAGCAGCCUUUCAUCAGGAGGCUCUAAGUCCUUUUCUCGGCGCCAACAAGGUUUCCACUGUGGUGCCAUCGAAAGCGUCCUCGGCUGCCUCCUCCGCGGCUUCGUCAAAGGACAAAGCUGGCACCGAAAUGGACGCCGGCUUGGACUUCUAUAAUUAAGGCUUGAGGAAAUCCAUCUUCCCCAACAUCUUGCUCCCGUUUUGAGGGGAAAUCGAGCAUCAAGAUGCUCACAAAGAUUGACUUUCUACAGGCUCUAAUGUAAGGACGUGAAGAUCUACUACGUCCCGCCCGGCCGCGAGCUCGACGACGUCCCAUGGUGGCUUGUGGGCGUGGCGCCAAAGAAGAAAAAAGCAUCUUCCAGGGAAGAUGUAGCGAAGGAAUUAGAGCGCAAGAAGAAAAAGGAAGAGAACAGACUCGCAAGAAUACAAUUCUGGGAAGAUCGAAAAAGGGCUGAGCAGGUAUAAAAAAGAUAGCUCACAUUUACAGUUGCGAUGUUUUUGUUGUCUUUUUGGAAGUUCACUUUGUCAGAAAGCUGAUGUUGUACUUACAGUUCUUGACGGUUCUCAUUCUCAACAAGAACCUCGUCAACCUCCUGUAAUCUUAUAUCGUUUCCAUCAUUUUGAAAAAUUAUACCUCUCAAUCUUAUUCUUUCCAUCAUCCUGAAAAAAUAAGGAACAAAAAGAGCGGUACUUGGAAAAGCAAGCUGAGUUGCAAGCUCUUCAGUAUGUGGAGUACAAGUGGAGCCAGAUGGGCAAAAGGCAGCCGAAAGACAAUUAAGGCUUCCUCCAAUCCAUUUCUACUAUAGCCAUCCCUCAAGCAUGAUAUGCACCCCAAUGCAAGGGGAAUGCUCAGGCAUAUCCUUGCUGGAUUUCCACAGGGAUGAAUUGGGGAGAGGUCUAAGACAACCCAUACGACACUGCAGUGAGCAAAUUCCACGACCAACUACCUCUACACCUGGAACUGGAGGAAUUGAAAACCAGACCUCUUAG